GUUCUUAUCCUGAAGGGUCUCAAGCAGCAGGCCAGUUGCCUGUGCCGCUCUCCGGACGGGCUGCAUCUGGCUGUUGGCUAUGAGGAUGGCUCCAUCCGCAUCUUCAGCCUGCUGAGCGGGGAGGCCAGCAUCGCCUUCAACGGGCACAAGGCUGCAGUCACAGCCCUGCAGUAUGACCACCUGGGAGGCAGGCUCGUGUCUGGCUCAAAGGAUACAGAUGUCAUCGUGUGGGAUGUCAUCAACGAGAGUGGUCUGUACCGCCUGAAAGGACACAAGGAUGCUGUCACUCAAGUCCUUUUCUUGAAGGAAAAGAACCUGUUGGUCACCAGUGGCAAAGACACGUUGGUGAAAUGGUGGGAUCUGGACACCCAGCACUGCUUCAAAACCCUGGUUGGACACCGUGCUGAGGUUUGGGGGAUGGCUUUGAUAUCUGGAGAGAGUCGUCUGAUCACUGGGAGUGCUGACAGUGAGCUGAGGGUGUGGGAUAUCACUUACAUCCAGGAGGUAAAAGACCCUGAUGAGCCAGAAUCCAAGAAAAGCAAAGGGUCUUCACCUGGAGCAGAAAACACUGAAGAUGAUGAGACCCUAGAGCUGGAUGAGCAGCCUGAGGAACGCCUCGUAAAGUGCAGCAAAGUUGGGUCCAUCAUGCGGGAAGGGAGAGACCGAGUAGUUACUCUUGCCACAGACCCAACGGGCAAGAUUUUGGCCUGCCAUGGAACAGAUGCUGUUCUGGAAGUGUUCUGUGUCCUUUCUGAAGAGGAAGUCCAAAAGAAAUUGGAAAAGAAAAUGAAGAAAGCAAAGAAAAAAGCCAGAAAAAACUCUGAAGAAGAGCCUGAAACGACUGUGGAGCUGAGCCUGCAAGAGGAGAUUCAGCGGGUCACUAACAUCAGAGCUUCUUCUAAAAUCAA